GAUUCUCCUACAGGAUUGAGUCAACUGGUCUAAGACUUUUAAGUACCCAGAGGGAUGACUCUGGCUAUUAUCGCUGUCUUGCUGAUAAUCAAGUUGGUACUGACAGUCAAUCAGUGAGAGUAAGGGUAGAAGGUCCUCCAAUGGCAGUAAGUAUAUCCCCAACUCUCUUCAUUGCUGGAAGCACUGCUUAUAUCAAUUGUCAGAUAUUCUAUGACUUCCCUCAGUCAAUCUUUCAGUGGUAUGACGUUGCUACCAAUGCUCUUCUCCUCCCACCACGCUUCACUACACUGUCCAAUGGGACCCUCAUUGUUUCUCCUAUUGAGGGAAGCGACCACAAGGAGUACCUGUGUAGUGCUAGUAAUCAAUACGGAACCUCUUCAGUCUCUCAGUUCAUCACUGUGCAUGUUCAUCCUCAGCCUGGCUUUUCAGAAAGCAAUGGAGUCUUUGGUAUCUUGGAUGACAGUUUUUCCUUCUCUUGUACUGCCACUGGUAGACCCAGUCCAACACUAGCACUCUACACUCCUGAUGGAGGAGAAGCAGACUCAACAAUGUUUGAUCCUAGUACGGGUACAUUCACUACGACCAGUUUCCAGGUGAUUCACUCUGGUUCAUACAACUGUGAAGCUACUAAUAUAGUUGGAGCGACGAACGCUACCCUUGAGGUGGGGAUAAGGGGAGCUCCCCCUCGUCUCCCUGCAGUCAAUCCUCUAGGAUCAAGAGAAAUGAGA